AUGUCGUCCGUUCCUUUUUACGAGCUAUGCGUUACACCCGUGCUGUUCGGACUCAAGAAUGCUCUUGCGGCCCUCGUCAAGGCCCAAGAGCACGCCAAAGCAAACAACAUCCCGGAAAGUGAUUUGCUCACUGCCCGUAUCAUCCAAGACAUGCGCGACUUUGUCUACCAAAUUCAGCUAUAUACCGAUGUUGCCAAGUCGAUUCCCAAUAAAUUGAAUCCGUCUAUCGAGGAGAUUUCCUUCCCAGGCAACGAGAAAUCGUUUGCAGAACUGGUAGACCGCGUGCAAAAGACAAUCACAUUCCUCGAGGGUAUCGAUCCCAAGAGUCUGGAGGGACGCGAACAGGCAGAGGUUGCGUUUUCACCAGGUGGUGGAGCCAUCAAUCUCAAGUUUACGGGAGUCAUGUACAUCUGGCAAUUCUCUCACCCUAACUUUUGGUUCCAUGUCACCACUGCAUACGACAUUCUGAGGCUCAAGGGCGUACCUCUCGGCAAAAUGGACUUCCUCAACGGUGGCAAGGUUAUGACAAUAUAUUAG